UCUGUAGGAUGAGGUGCAUGUCGUCCCCGCUCCUCUUCUUCUUCUCCUGGGCUCUGAACAGUGAACGGUAGAGAGAGAGCGCGAGACAGGGAGAGAGGAGAGGCUCUGAGAUGGGUGCGAUGGCGUUUGCCCUCUCGGUCGGCUCCAUACCGGCCGCCUCCAUCCGGAGAAGCUUCCGCCGUUUCAGAGUCUCAGCCGACGGCGAGUUCCCUCCCUUCCUCCCCAAGCAGGUCGAGAACAUCAGGGAUGGAUUCGCCCGGAAGCUCGCCUCCCGGAUCGAGCGACUUCCGGUUGACCUAUCAGGAAUUCGCGUCAUGGCCAGCUGUGUGAAACCACUCGUGUCGGGCAAGGCAAGUCCAUUAGUACUCCUGCAUGGUUUUGACAGGUACUGGCAGUAUCCGAGAAUGGAGAUACGGUUACCCCUUGCUUGAGGAAGCUGGCCUAGAGACUUGGGCUAUCGACAUUCUCGGUUGGGGUUUCUCCGAUCUCAAAAGACGUCCCCCAUGUAAUGUGGCAUCCAAACGUGAGCACCUUUAUCGGAUGUGGAAAGCAUACAUCAAAAAGCCAAUGAUAUUAGUUGGACCAAGCCUCGGUGCUGCAGUUGCAAUUGACUUCGCAGUCGCCCAUCCAGAAGCUGUAAGUGCUUCCUUUUAUUUUCUCUUUGCUGGAGGGCAAGUGCUUACCAGUAUUGGCACUCACAUAUCUGUAUCCAAAAAAACCAAGAUUGAUACUUCAGUUGGCGUCCUAGAUGGUAUCUUGAAUUUUCAGGUCGAAAAGCUGGUUUUAAUUGAUGCAAGUGUAUAUACAGAAGGCACAGGAAAAAUGUCAAGUUUACCCAAAGCUUUGGCCUAUGCCGGGGUGGCCAUUUUGAAGAGCUUUCCUCUCCGUUUUUAUGUUAAUGUUCUGGCAUUCAAUGGUCUACCGGUCAACACCAACAUAGAUUGGGCCAAUAUUGGUCGCUUGCAUUGCCGAUAUCCUUGGUGGGAGGAUGCUACUGUUGAUUUUAUGCUUAGCGGUGGAUAUAAUGUGACUGCCCAGAUCGGACAGGUGAAGCAGAGAACGCUCAUAAUAUGGGGCCAGGAUGAUAAGAUAAUCGACAGCAAACUAGCUGAGAGGCUACACUGCGAACUCCCAAGUGCGAUUCUACAUCAGAUACCCGACUGCGGCCAUAUUCCUCACGUGGAGAAGCCAGGCGCUGUCGUGAAGUUGAUCACUGAGUUCGUUCUUGAAGAAGAUCGUAGAGAACUACUGCUUGUUUCUCAGCCCAGAGAUGCAUCUCAGCAAACGGACUCGCCUGACCCAGCUCCACCACUCCACUAGUACAAGUAGCCUGAUUGAAUGUGAUCCUGGUUGAGUUCAUUAGUCAUGCAAUUGAUUGGGGUCAAUCUCUACGAAACCCCUUUACACUGAGAAGCUUUCUAUUGAGAAAAAUUCUCGCCAAAACGGCAGAGAGAAGCAUCUACUCGAGAAAAACUUUUACCAGCUCGGGAGCAUAUGUUCGUUGUGAAGCAAUUGCCUAAUUAUAUCAGUCGAAUGAAAGUUUACAUAGCUUGACAUAA